UGCGGCCAACCAGAGCCGUAAAGCGUUGUGUUUUGGACAGGAGGAGGUCAUAAGAAAGUGAGGAGUCCGGGCACAGAUAGUUUCUGAUGCCGGUGUGAGGCAAAUCCAUUAUUUAACAUCCUCGUGUAUUAUUUCAAACGCUGCGAAAUGCUUCGUUUAAUCCUGCGGCUCAGGUCGUCCGCCGGACUCUCCUGUCCCCGUGCCCUCCCGGCGGGGCCCUCCGCGUUCGGCUCUCGCUCCGUGCCCGUCACCGGUUGUCUCAAGCGGCUUCACUGCGGAGCGGGCUCCCGAGCCGUGUGUCUAGGUUUGAGCCUCGGUCACAGAACUACUCUCCUGCGGUGUCCUCCGCCGGCGGGGGGCUGUCAGAGUAAACGCUUCUACAGUCUCCCUCCGCACCAGAAGGUGGAGCUUCCCGCACUGUCGCCCACCAUGCAGACAGGGACGAUCGCUCGCUGGGAGAAGAAGGAGGGCGAUAAAAUCAGCGAGGGGGACCUUAUAGCUGAGGUAGAAACAGAUAAGGCCACCGUGGGCUUUGAGAUGCUGGAGGAGUGCUAUCUAGCAAAGAUCCUGGUUCCUGAAGGCACCAGGGAUGUCAUUGUUGGAUCAGUAAUCUGCAUCACAGUCGACAGCCCAGACCUCAUCCCAGCCUUUAAGGACGUAACAUUGGACUCUGUUAAAUCAGCCGGUGCUGCCCCUCCAUCUGCCGCCUCUGCUCCUUCUCCUCCUUCAGCUGCUGCCUCUGCUCCACCCCCUGCAGCACCGGGGAGCUCUUACCCCCCACAUAUGAAGAUUGCACUUCCUGCACUUUCUCCCACCAUGACAAUGGGAACCGUUCAGCGCUGGGAGAAGAAGGUUGGAGAGAAGUUGAGUGAAGGAGAUCUGCUGGCUGAGAUCGAAACUGACAAGGCAACUAUUGGCUUUGAGGUCCAGGAGGAGGGUUAUCUGGCUAAAAUCCUGAUUUCAGAGGGAACUCGUGAUGUUCCUCUGGGAAUGCCGCUCUGCAUCAUUGUGGAAAAAGAGAGUGACAUUGGUGCCUUCCAGGAUUACGUAGAGACCGGAGUGGGAGAUGUGUCCACGCCACCUCCUGCUCUUGCUCCCACUCACACUCCUGUAGCGGCUCCAGUUCCCAGUGCUGCUCCAGCAGCUGCUUCCGCCCCAGCAGCACCGAGGAAGGGCCGUGUGUUUGCCAGCCCGCUAGCCAAGAAACUUGCUGUUGAGAAAGGAAUUGACCUGGCACAGGUCAGCGGAUCUGGUCCUGAUGGACGCAUCACCAAGAAAGACAUUGAGAGCUUCGUUCCACCAAAGGUUGCUCCUACCGUAGCUGCUGCUCCCAGCCCAGCUGCUGCCAGAGCUGCUCCUACACCUUCUGCUGCUCCAGCUGGCACCUUCACAGACAUCCCUAUCAGCAACAUCCGAAAGGUCAUCGCUCAGAGAUUGAUGCUGUCCAAGCAAACCAUCCCCCACUAUUAUCUAUCUGUAGAUGUUAACAUGGACCAGGUGCUUGAAAUCCGAAAAGAGCUCAAUGAGGAGGUGAAAGCCCAGAAUAUCAAGCUCAGUGUGAAUGAUUUUAUCAUCAAAGCCAGCGCUCUGGCCUGCCUCAAGGUUCCUGAGUGCAACUCCUCCUGGAUGGAUACAAUCAUUCGCCAGAAUCACGUGGUGGAUGUGAGUGUGGCAGUGAGCACAGCCAGCGGUCUCAUCACGCCCAUCGUCUUCAACACUCACAUCAAAGGCCUCGCUGCCAUCAGCUCUGAUGUCGCGGCUCUCGCUGCCAAAGCCAGGGAGGGCAAGCUGCAGCCUCACGAGUUCCAGGGAGGAACAUUCACAAUCUCCAAUUUAGGUAUGUUUGGCAUCAAGAACUUCUCCGCGAUCAUCAACCCCCCUCAGGCCUGUAUCCUCGCUGUCGGAGGCUCUGAGAAACGGCUGAUGCCCGCUGACAACGAGAAAGGGUUCGACGUAUCCAACAUGAUGUCGGUAACGCUGAGCUGCGACCACCGAGUGGUGGACGGAGCGGUCGGAGCACAGUGGCUCGCAGAGUUCAGGAAGCUCCUGGAGAAACCGGUCACCAUGCUGUUGUGAUCAGACUUUACUGCCAUUCAGCGGCAGAAGCAGGCAAAGGCCUCACAACGAGGAGAUCCGAUUGGCCUGGAACCUCGUGUGCUUGGCUUGGCCUGCCACAAGGUCACUCCUGGUUAGCCUGAUGGGGGAAGAGGCAGAACUCACUCCGAUAACCUGUCUGUCUCACUGUCUCUCCUCUCUUUCUUCUCACUCUCUUUCGCUCGUUUUACUCAUUUUGGCCCCAACUUGUGAAAGACCAGAAUUAGGCUUCAUUAAUCCAGGAAUAGAGACUAUAUGUCACUAAAAUACUGAAACUAUUUCACAAAAGGAAGUGUUACGUGUCCAUACAGUGAGCAUAUUUAUCCUGCAACGUGUGUGUAUUUCUGCAGACGUUUGUCACUUACAGAACAUGGCGAAAUGCUCUAAAGUUGACACACAAACAAUACAAAUUUACACACACACAUCCUACUCUUCAUUCAGUGGCCAUACACAUACAGUUGAAAAGGUUUAUGCAUUUUUGAUGGGUUAAAGCUAUGGUGUGUGUGUGUAUAAUAAUCACUGUGGAAGAACACAGUGUUGUAUAUUUAUGUAUAUGGUGGUGAACUGUGUGGUUAAAAUAACCAAGCUCCUCAAAGACCUCACCCUAGAAGUGAUAAGCUUAAAGACACGGAACGAUUUUACCGAUGCUCUCAUCUAUUCUUUUUAUUUUCUAGUGUCAUAUUUCCUUGUUCUUGCUGCUGAAACGCAAAAACCCGGUGCUGGAUGUUGUUAAAAGAAAAGAAAUAAAGUGGGACAAUACAA